UUUCCUAUCAAUACAACAGGCCACAGAAGGGAAGAGAAUACAAGGAUGUUUGGAGGAAAAGGUUCCAGCAGUGUCUCGUCAAAGAGUGGUGAGCAAAAUGCAAAGGCUGGUGGUGGCAGAAAGUUGUCUGCGCUCAUUGUUGACGAUGACCGUGUGCUUAGAAGGAUUCACAAGGUGCUCCUUAGCAAACAUGGAUUCAGCAUUGUCCAUGUGGUUGAGAAUGGAAAGGAAGCUGUUGACCUGUACAGUGCAGGGGCUGCUCAGUUUGACGUCGUUUUUAUGGACAUGGACAUGCCUGUAAUGAAUGGGCUCGAGGCAACUAGAAGGCUGCGAGGCAUGGGCGUGGAUACCAUGAUUGUGGGAAUCACUUCGCGCGCUUUAGACGCUGAAACACAAGCCUUCAUGGGAGCAGGUCUCAAUUCUUGCUAUGUCAAGCCAUUAACUACCGAAAUGAUCUUGCCCGUCAUCCAUCAACUCCAAAGCAACUAUGCAUUUGCCUAAUGAAGUUUUAAAUAAAUAAAAGUCAUGAUGGCUUUAUCACCAAGCUUUUAUUUUAUUUUCUAUGCUUCUUAUUGUGUUUCUUGUUUUGGGCAACCAAAAUAUAUGACAAUUAAUAUAUUUUUCAAGGUAUGCGAGGAUGCGCUUCUCCAA